GUUGUCGCUGUCAGUCAGGCGGCGCGAGGCGGUGUCGGCGCGGGCUGCGUCCCUCCUUUCCUUAGAGAAGCGGGAUGUGAGGCGGCGCCGCCGGAGAGGAAGCACCAUGAGCGGCGCAGGGCCCCCGCAGCCUCCAGCGUGCCCCGGCCCCGGAGGCGACUCAGAGCCGCCUCCAGCCCCUCCACCAGACGCCCCUCCGUCCAUGCUGAGCGUCGACGUCCCCGGCUUAGUGUCGCAGUUCGCCCGCGCCUUCGCCCUCGUCUUCCCGGUCUACGUCCUGGGCUACCUGGGGCUCAGCUUCAGCUGGGUCCUCAUCGCUUUGCUCGGCCUCUUCUGGAUCCGGAGGCACCGCGGAGGGAAGAACUCCCGCCUCGGACGGGCCCUCGCCUUCCUCCGCGACGAGGAGCGAGCCGUCAGGCUCACCAUCGCCACCGGGGACCUGCCCGCAUGGGUUCACUUUCCAGACACAGAAAGAGCAGAAUGGCUAAAUAAGACUGUAAAGCACAUGUGGCCUUUCAUUUGCCAGUUUAUUGAAAAACUUUUCCGGGAAACCAUAGAACCAGCAGUCAGAGGAGCAAACAGUCACCUGAGUACUUUCAGUUUCACAAAAAUUGAUGUAGGACAUCAGCCCCUUAGGAUUAAUGGUGUUAAAGUCUACACUGAAAAUGUGGAUAAAAGGCAGAUCAUUUUGGAUCUUCAAAUCAGUUUUGUUGGCAAUUGUGAAAUUGACUUGGAGAUCAAGAGAUACUUCUGCAGAGCUGGUGUGAAGAGUAUACAAAUUCAUGGUACGAUGAGAGUUAUAUUGGAGCCUUUGCUAGGAGACAUGCCCUUAAUUGGAGCACUGUCAUUGUUUUUCCUUAGGAAACCACUUUUGGAAAUUAACUGGACAGGACUGACCAAUCUUCUGGAUAUUCCAGGACUAAAUGGCUUAUCAGACACUAUAAUACUAGAUAUAAUAUCCAAUUAUCUGGUGCUUCCAAAUCGGAUCACUGUUCCUCUUGUCAGUGAGGUGCAGAUUGCUCAGUUGCGGUUUCCUAUACCAAAGGGUGUACUAAGAAUACACUUCAUUGAAGCUCAGGAUCUUGAAGGAAAAGAUACUUACUUAAAGGGAAUUGUUAAGGGAAAAUCUGAUCCUUAUGGAAUCGUUCGUGUGGGUAAUCAAAUUUUCCAAAGCAAAGUCAUCAAAGAAAAUCUCAAUCCAAAGUGGAAUGAAGUUUAUGAGGCCUUAGUGUAUGAGCACCCAGGACAGGAGUUGGAGAUUGAGCUUUUUGAUGAGGAUCCAGACAAGGAUGACUUUCUGGGAAGUCUAAUGAUAGACUUAACUGAAGUCGAAAAGGAGCGCUACUUAGAUGAGUGGUUUACUUUGGAUGAAGUCUCCAAAGGAAGAUUGCAUUUAAAACUCGAAUGGCUCACAUUGAUGCCUAAUGCAGAGAAUCUUGACCAGGUGCUAAAAAUCAUAAGAGCUGAUAAAGACCAAGCUAAUGAUGGACUUUCCUCAGCAUUACUUAUUCUUUAUUUGGAUUCAGCAAGAAACCUACCAAGUAUCUACGAGGGAAACUUUGGGUGUGGAUACUUAAAAGAGAGGAGAGCUUCGGGACUAGUCUUUUGUGAAAAUACUACCUCACUCUAUAGAGCACUAUUUCAUAAUCCAUUAGAUUAUAAUCCAGAAGCCUUGAAGAAGUCUGCUGUUCAGAAAGCUCUAAAGUCAGGAAAGAAAAUAAACAGCAACCCCAAUCCCCUUGUCCUAUUCACUGUCGGACACAAGGCACAAGAAAGUAAGAUCCGGUACAAGACAAAUGAACCAGUGUGGGAAGAAAACUUCACUUUCUUUGUUCACAACCCUAGGCGGCAAGAGCUAGAAGUUGAGGUCAAAGAUGAACAGCACCAGUGUUCAUUGGGAAAUUUUAAGCUUCCCCUAAGCCAACUCCUAGCAAGUGAAGAUCUAACUAUGCAUCAGAGAUUUCAUCUUAGCAAUUCUGGCCCAAACAGCACUGUAAACAUGAAGAUUGCACUCAGGAUCCUUUCUCUUGAAAAGCAAGAGAGGUCACCAGACCACCAACACUCAGCCCAAGUGAAGAGGCCCUCUGUUUCCAAAGAUGCAAGAAAAGGUUCUUUCAAGCCUCAGGUCCCCAUUUCCCCAGCAGCUGACUUGAACAAACCACAUGCUUCUACAGCAGCAGACACUGAUAAAAAGACUGAUACGGUUGAAAAAAGCCCUCCCUCUAAUCCUAGUCCUCAGUGGCCAAGAGAUCUCAGCAGGAGUUCCUCCAGUCUCCUUGCCUCCAAUUUGAGCUAUUCUCCCAGCCAUCUUUCAGUCAAAGAACCAACACCAAGUAUAGCUUCGGACAUAUCACUUCCCAUUGCUACACAGGAGCUGCGGCAACGACUAAGACAACUUGAAAAUGGCACUACGUUAGGACAGUCUCCGUUGGGGCAGAUUCAGCUAACAAUUCGUCACAGUUCACAAAGAAACAAACUUAUGGUGGUGGUUCACACAUGUAGAAAUCUAAUAGCCUUUUCAGAAGAGGGAUCUGACCCCUAUGUUCGAAUGUAUUUAUUGCCUGACAAGAGGAGAUCAGGAAGAAGAAAAACCAGCGUGUCAAAGAAGACUUUAAAUCCAGUCUUUGAUCAGGCCUUUGAUUUCAGUGUUUCAUUAGCUGAUCUGCAGAGGAGAACGCUAGAUGUAGCAGUAAAAAAUAGUGGUGGUUUCUUGUCCAAAGACAAAGGGCUGCUUGGUAAGGUAUUGAUACCACUGGCAUCCGAAGAACUUUCCAAAAAUUUUACCCAGUGGUAUGACUUGACAGAAGAUGGUACAAGGCCUCAUGCUGCACCUUAGGAAACCUGAUUGCCAGAAGCUCCUGUUAGCAUACUUUUGCCAACCUUUAUAUAUUUUAUCAGCAUUGUUCACACAGAUGUACCAAUAUUAUUUUUUAUAACUCUUAGUUAUUAGGUCCAACACUGCUCCCCAACAGUUUUAUAACCCUUGGACAUUUUAUGUAGGCUUAAGUCAGUUUAACUGUAAACCUUCUUGUCUUUAUUUGUUACAGCUAUUUUAAUGUGCAAUAGGGUUUGUAGAGUAACAAUGGAACCUUUUUUUGGAUUUGUACCCUUGAGAAAAGUGAGAAAAUGUUUAUCUGUUUUUCCUACCUUGUUUAGUUUUACCCCAAAAUGUUUGCCAUGUAAAUAGAUAGCAUUUUUAAAACGAAUUUUCCUCUGUGGUUAGAGGGCAGAAGACAAGGUCACAGCAAGGAUAUUUUCUUCUAAACAUGUGCUGUAAAAUCUGUAGACCAUGUUUUGGGAAUGGUCAUGGCAGCAAAAUGGUCUUAAUUUUACUAAUAUUAUAGAUUAAAAGUCUGGGAGAAGUUAACAUACCAGUUAGCCCACAUAUUUCUAGCCUUAAAGGCUUACAAGAAGGGAGAGUAAAAAUAUUAACUUUUUAAUAUUUAUAUGAAAAUGUAUUCUUGAAAUUUCAGCCAGAUGAUGCAUAUAGCUCACAAAUUCAUUGAGAUAUUAUAAAGAAAAGUAUAUAUAUAAAUACUGUAUAAAAAAGUCUAUCAAGGUCCUAAAAUCAUAAUAUGUUCAUUUGGGGACUCUAUAAUGUGAAAGUGAAGGCUUCAGUAAUUUAGUGCACUUUGCAGUCAUUGCUUCCUGUGAGAGUUUAGUUCCCCUGACUACCAGAAAAUUGUCUAUGCAACAGUAUGAUUAAGAGUUUGAUAUUAACCCCCCAUGAUCCAACAUUUAUAGUAGUAUCACAUUGAUCGAUAAUACCUCCUUUAUAACUGGGUCUUCACAGCAUAAUUAUUGUUGUCAUCAUAAAAUGCUGGUUUGUCUGCAGUUAAACUGGAACUUUUAUUAUAGAAAAUUCCAUCCAUGUCUGAAUAUCUGACUGACUCUUUGGUUGCUUCAUGAUGCUCAUAGCAGAACUUGGAGGAGUUAUCUCUCUUUAUGGGUGUAACUUCCAUGUAAUAGUCACAUUCCAUUUAAAUGCCACUGUGUUCUGCUGCAAGGACCAGCACCAGAGUCCAUCAGAUACAUCCCCAGUAAGGAGUCUUUUACUGGAAGUGAAAAGGUGUUCUUUGGAGAUUGCAUCAAACCAGCACUGAAUUUGCAUGUGUUACUUCUGAAUGAUAAUCAUGCAGUAAAGAAAGUAAAAGAACCAUUUUAAAUCAAGAGUGAGUUGUAAUCAGUGUAGCUUUUUCAUUUCAUUUUUACAGGCCCAGGAAAUUCAAAAGUAGGGUUUUUGGACAGAGUGGGGUUGAACCUUGAAGAUGAUUUGAGUGUGAGUGUUUUGCUUCCUUUCAAUCACUAUUGCAUUCAGAAUCAAUGAGGCAUUAAAUGUAUUUCUUCAUUUCAAAAACUUGUUCAGAUGAGUUUAUCAGCAACAAAAAAGAUGCUUGUAUUUUGACCCAAGAAGCAGUAUAGUUUAUCUGUGGACAGUAGCCUCACAGUCUUGGACUUUUAAGAGUGAAUAAAUUUGUGGAAUAUUAGCUUUAAAAUUAAAACUUAUAGAGUCUUUACCUCUAGUAUAGACGAUUAGUAUCAUCUUGCAGGAACCUCUCCUGCAUAUUAAUUUCAGCUUGCACAAAUGUUCCCGUUGUGCCCUUUAAGUACACUACUAAGAAUACCAAAGUGCCUGUCAUAUAUGUAAGAGAUUGUUCCUACCAAAAUUUACAAAAUAAAUCAUUUUUCGUUUUUCAGCCUG